AUGUCAACCAGCCACCAAGGAUCUUCUCAAGAUGAAGUGGUGAUGCCGCCAAUCAAUCUAUCGCCAACAAAGCGAGUCUACCUACAACUAGGAGAAUCGAUUCCCCACGCAAGUCCGGACAUGAAAUUUGCCCGCGAUCGUCUUGGCACAUUGCUCACAUCGAUCAAAAAUGGCGAAGUGCAACCAAUAGUAACUGAUUCAAAAGUUGAAGAUCAAAAAAGCAUUGGACGGCCUCGUUAUCCGAGAACUCGACGUGAGAGAAGAGUGGUUUUUGAGCUUCGUGGAAAGCCGUUUGGAUUAAGAGAUCAAGAGACACAGGAUUCCGUCUUUGCAUUGUGCCGAACAUGGAUGAGAGGACGAGAGGAUGUGGAUUCGCCCUCAGAUGAGCCACAAAUCCCCCCACCACGAGCUCCUUCUCCACCCGAUCAUAUGCUUGACUUAUUGGCUACAAAGGAUAUCAGAAUGUUACCUGGCGCGAUUCACUCAAUCCCUAAUGAAAUCUCUCCGCCGACUCGCUUGCACGUGGAACGGGUUGAUGAUCGGAUAAAUCUAUCUGAUCCUGUACAAGCGAUGCGUGAAUAUUCAUAUCAUUGGAAUAACGUGAAGAACAAAUGGAAAGAGUAUUCGAAAAAGCGUGAAGCGCCUUAUGAAAGAAGCAUCAAACUCAUCGAUACUGUUUACCAUAUUGCUCAACAAAAUCAACAUUAU